GCUGCUGUGAGAGGGCGCUCGAGGCUGCUGGAGAGCGAACAGGCGAAGGAGGCGGGGAGGAGGCGGCUGCACUCGCUCGACUGCUCGUUCCCUUCCCGGCGCCGCUUCGGGUCCACCGCUGCGCUUCCUGCUCCCCGGCCGCUCGGUUGCACGCCGCUGGAGCAACCGCCCUUCGUUCGGGUCCCGGCUCGGUUCGGAAGUCGUGCGCGCCCGCGGACACCGCGCGCAGGGCUAGCCGGCGCCACACCUGUGGAGCCGGCGGCCGUCGCGGGUGCCGGCCGGGGUCCCGCCGCGUGCGUGCUCGGGGCUGCGGGCCGCCGGGGCCCCGGGGGAGGCGCGCCCCCCGGCUGGGCGCCGCAGACACCAUGGGGCUGCCCGCGCUCGAAUUCAGCGACUGCUGCCUCGACAGCCCGCACUUCCGAGAGACGCUCAAGUCACACGAAGCGGAGCUGGACAAGACCAACAAAUUCAUCAAGGAGCUCAUCAAGGACGGGAAGUCACUCGUCAGCGCGCUCAAGAAUUUGUCUUCUGCGAAGCGGAAAUUUGCAGAUUCCUUAAAUGAAUUUAAGUUUCAGUGCAUAGGAGAUGCAGAAACAGAUGAUGAAAUGUGCAUAGCAAGGUCUUUGCAGGAGUUUGCCACUGUUCUCAGGAAUCUUGAAGAUGAACGGAUACGGAUGAUUGAGAAUGCCAGCGAAGUGCUCAUCACUCCCUUGGAGAAAUUUCGAAAGGAGCAGAUUGGGGCUGCCAAGGAAGCCAAAAAGAAGUAUGACAAGGAGACAGAGAAGUAUUGUGGCAUCUUAGAAAAACACUUGAAUUUGUCUUCCAAAAAGAAAGAAUCUCAGCUUCAGGAGGCAGACAGCCAAGUGGACCUGGUCCGGCAGCAUUUCUAUGAAGUAUCCCUGGAGUAUGUCUUCAAGGUGCAAGAAGUCCAAGAGAGAAAGAUGUUUGAGUUCGUGGAGCCUCUACUGGCAUUCCUACAAGGACUCUUCACUUUCUAUCACCAUGGUUAUGAACUGGCCAAGGACUUCAACGACUUCAAGACGCAGUUGACUAUCAGCAUACAGAAUACAAGAAAUCGCUUUGAAGGCACCAGGUCAGAAGUGGAAUCCCUGAUGAAGAAGAUGAAAGAGAAUCCCCUCGAGCACAAGACCAUCAGUCCCUACACCAUGGAGGGGUACCUCUACGUCCAGGAGAAACGUCAUUUUGGAACUUCCUGGGUGAAGCACUACUGUACAUAUCAACGGGAUUCCAAACAAAUCACCAUGGUACCAUUUGACCAAAAGUCAGGAGGAAAGGGGGGGGAAGAUGAAUCAGUCACCCUCAAAUCCUGCACACGGCGGAAAACAGACUCUAUUGAGAAGCGGUUUUGCUUUGAUGUGGAAGCAGUAGACAGGCCCGGAGUUAUCACCAUGCAGGCAUUGUCUGAAGAGGACCGGAGGCUCUGGAUGGAAGCCAUGGAUGGAAGGGAACCUGUCUACAACUCGAACAAGGACAGCCAGAGCGAAGGGACUGCACAGUUGGACAGCAUUGGCUUCAGCAUCAUCAGGAAAUGCAUCCACGCUGUGGAAACCAGAGGGAUCAAUGAGCAAGGGCUCUACCGAAUCGUGGGGGUCAAUUCCAGAGUGCAGAAGCUGCUGAGUAUCCUGAUGGACCCCAAAACAGCUUCUGAAACAGAAACGGAUAUCUGUGCCGAGUGGGAGAUAAAGACCAUCACUAGUGCUUUGAAAACCUACCUAAGAAUGCUUCCAGGACCACUCAUGAUGUACCAGUUUCAAAGAAGUUUCAUCAAAGCAGCAAAGCUGGAGAACCAGGAGUCGCGGGUCUCUGAAAUCCACAGCCUUGUUCAUCGGCUCCCAGAGAAAAAUAGGCAGAUGUUACAGCUGCUCAUGAACCACUUGGCAAACGUUGCUAACAACCACAAGCAGAAUUUGAUGACGGUGGCAAACCUUGGCGUGGUGUUCGGACCCACCCUGCUGCGUCCUCAGGAAGAAACGGUAGCAGCCAUCAUGGAUAUCAAGUUUCAGAACAUUGUCAUUGAGAUCCUAAUAGAAAAUCAUGAAAAGAUAUUUAACACUGUGCCUGACGCGCCCCUCACCAAUGCCCAGCUGCACCUGUCUCGGAAGAAGAGCAGUGACUCCAAGCCCCCGUCCUGCAGCGAGAGGCCCCUGACGCUCUUCCACACCAUGCAGUCAACAGAGAAACAGGAACAAAGAAACAGCCUCAUCGACUCCAGUUUGGAAUCUGUCGUCUCAUCAAAUGCAAACAGCAUCCUUAAUUCUAGCAGCAGCUUACAGCCCAACAUGAACUCCAGUGACCCAGACCUGGAUGUGCUCAAACCCACCCGGCCCAACUCGCUCCCCCCGAAUCCAAGCCCAACUUCACCCCUCUCGCCAUCUUGGCCCAUGUUUUCGGCGCCAUCCAGCCCUAUGCCCACCUCAUCCACGUCCAGCGACUCAUCCCCCAUCAGGUCUGUUGCAGGGUUUGUUUGCUUUUCUGUUGCUGCUGUUGUUCUCUCAUUGGCUUGGUCCUCUCUUCAUGCAGUGUUCAGCCUCCUCGUCAACUUUGUUCCCUGCCAUCCAAACCUGCACUUGCUUUUUGACAGGCCAGAAGAAGCAGUUCAUGAAGACUCCAGCACACCGUUCCGGAAGGCAAAAGCCUUAUAUGCCUGCAAAGCGGAACACGACUCAGAGCUCUCAUUCACGGCAGGGACGGUCUUCGAUAAUGUGCAUCCAUCUCAGGAGCCUGGCUGGUUGGAGGGGACUCUGAAUGGAAAGACGGGCCUCAUCCCCGAGAACUACGUGGAGUUCCUCUAACCAUGGGCCCUGGCAGAACUGCUGAGCUUUUCAUGGUGUCCAUGACAACUGCUGAUUCCAGUGUUGUGGGCCAUUGCUCUUCGCCGCUGAGAAGUGCAGGGUGACUGACUCUGCUGCUACCUGUCAACACGAAUGUUUCUGUGAACUCUGGUGUCACCCAUCCCCAUGAUCAUCUCAGCUGACGUGCGGUGAUACUGCAAGAAACAGAAGUAAAUCAGCGGAGGAGGCCGUUUGAUUUUGAUAACAAGAAAGGCUUACAAAGCCAUUUCUCUCAUUUAGCACCCUACGUGGGGUGUGCUCAUUUUGUUUCAGUAGUCAUCCAAACCCCAACCUUCUGAAAAAGGAAGUAAGUGAGAUAUAAGCAGUCCCCAGGAGCUUGCAGUAUAGCUGGCUCUGACAGGGCUGGGCAGUGGCCUGAGACCCAGUCUGGAUCCACAGCUAUUGUUUACAGUAGACACUCUCUCUACCCCACCUCUAAAUACUUGAGACCUGCCGUGCUAUAGGCGGCUGGGUCUGUUUGUUUGCAUGCAGUAUAGAGAAGGGUUAUGGCGCUGUUUACAUAAGAUCCAAUCUCUCACCAUCUCUCAAGCAGCCACUGGCCCAGCACCAGCAGAAUUCUGUCCAGUCCUCUCAUGCAGGGGAGCACACACACCCCCACGGCCCCCCUCCCAAGCUAGGAACUUCUCUGCCACCGAGGGCUGCCGUUGCCUCGUAACCACGGCAACCCAACCUACUCUAAAACCAAACCAGAAAAUAACACACUCUUCGCAUGACGUAUUUUUUUCUCCCUGCUUUUUGGCCGUUUUUUGAAUGGUUUUCCAACGACCUGAAGCCGAAGAUCAAGGUCUACUUGGGGGCAGAUAGAAUAGCAGCUGGGAACUGCUCCCUUUCUGAUGAAUUUCAGCAGCACCAGGAUAUAUUUGGAACAAACUCUAGUAACCUCUUGAGAUUAAAUUACAUACAGGCUUAAUAUUUCUGUUCUUCCAUGCAACUAGUGUCUGCUUUCUAGAGGGCAACAUGCUGCCUCCCAAAGGGGAAUACCCUCCCUCUGACUCAUUCCCUCCCAUUCACCUGUCCCUUCCCCUGUCCUUGCCUGCCUGUAGCCCUUCACUGACUAGCCCCCUGGCAGUGCCCUGGGCUGCUCAGCACUGGUGCCCUGGCGGUUUUCAGGCAUGAUUCCUGGACUAACCCCAUGGCCUCUAGUUUAAAAGGACAUACAUGUUCACUGCCACUCAGAAAAAGGGAAUUGUUUCUCAGGCUUUUGAGGCAUGAGACUAAUAUCAUAAGCCAUUGUGAUUUAGGAGGAUGCCAGAAGGUUGGGGCAUGGAAGGUGGUAUGGGUACCUUCUGAGAAAGAGAAUUUGCUGGUCCAGAAGGGGCUGGGUCACGUGGAAGACUGCCUUGGGUAGGGAGGUUUGGCCUGGACAUUUCAAAUUCACUUGGCUUCCAAAGAAGAGAGUCCCAGUAUUUCCACACUUGAAUGUCCUUGCAAGAGUGAUUCUGGGCAGGCAAACUCCGAAGUGAGGGACUGUCAAGCUCUCCAGGACAGGAGCCCCUCGGGAUGGUGGCAUUGUUCCAGAGUAUGUCCUGCUUCUGGAAUUCCUCUUGAGGGAACUUUAAAGAGGAAAAGAAAAACUUGAAUUGUGUUGAAUUACUGUAUCUUUUACAUUUUUUUUUGAAAAGAUAAACAUGUAAAUAGAGUGAUUUGAAAUACUAUAUGGCAAAGUUUUAUAUUUGAUAUUCUGUAAGUUAGUUGCUUCACACAUUUAAGCUUUGAUUGCUGAACAGGUGUGUAUACGAGGGAGAGAGGGGACACAAGGUCGAAGAGAGUCAAGAUCAUCCCUUCUCUGGCCUUGAAGAAGGAGAAGAUAUUUCCACACACUCUGCUGGCUCUUGUUGGUGGGCAUGACACGUUAAUGGUGUUCAGUCUUCUUUAUCCAGAUGUGGUUUUUUGAGCAUUUCUUGGGCUUUGGAUUUGGAGAUGGAAGGAACAUCUUCAGGCAAUGAACUUUUCCGAGAACUCCUACCCAGUAGUAAGAUGAAGCUCAGGAUUUAAACAGGUGAGGCCAGGGGUUAGAUUUGUUUUUUUUUCUUUUCAUUUUUCUUCUCAGGUGUAUUUCUUGGUACCCCAAGGUACCAGGACAGAAGAUGGGAUAAUUGCAUGCUCCUUGUAUCUUACUCUUCUGUGCAUCUUCUAAGGCUUUAUAAACGAGUCCAAGCUAGUUUGCAAAUGUGUGUGUCUAAGUUCCAAGAAAAACUGGCUUCUUAGGAUCUUUAGUUCUUGACAUGCUGCUUCUUCCCCUUUCCCUAAACAUGUUUAUUCAUCUCAGAUUCCCUAUAGCUCCAAAAUAAGACAAAGAAAAACCCUCAAAGAGGGGUGGAGAUUGUGCUGUUAUAGCUUUCUAGAUGACCUUAAAGUUAAUAGGAGUUUGUCAUUGUGAUUCAUUCCAUCAGCUCAAGGAUGAGCUCCAGGAGCUCACCCAGCAGUGAGCGAGACACCACCACUGAAUCAGGGAACAAGAAUUAAGACUGGAGAAGACCAAGAUAGGACUCAGGAAAGCUAUCAUUGAAAACCCAAGAAGAAAGGGCACGUAUGAGCAGGCUAUACCUACUCCCUGUGGACUUUGAACAGCCUGGGGACCUGUUCAAAGGGGCUAGAGGGACAAGCACACUCUAUACCACUCUGCUUUCCAAAUAGAAAGAGUGCAACAUAAUGCUUUUAACACAUUGGACGUUUUAAAUCACCACCUGCCCCAUUGGAACCUUAACUAGAGCUAAUGUGGGGACGGCCAGAAGUCCCAGGCCCUGGCUUUGGGAGUUCCUCCGAAGCUUACCUGCCAACACUUGGCCCCAGCUUGACCACUUGGAAGCAUGUGCCUCCCUCCCCAUUUGGCUCUGAUCCAAAGCUGAGGGAAAUGGAGCUACUACCAAUGGGAAUUUUAGGUAGACCCCUUCCCAGCUUCUCUGGGCCGUGCUGGUCCCUGACAGAUGGCUACUCUGCUUCCCUUUCCCUGGCCAGGCUCCCCUCCUCCCCAUCAUCUACAGAACUGGAGACACUGUUCAGAAUAUGAGCCGACAAAUAAGAAGGAACUUGAAGGCUGAAAAUGGGUUUUACCCUCCACUAUCUUUACUCCCCACCUCUAACUCUGUCUUCUGGAAUAGGGAAUCUUAGGGCAGAUUAGGAGAGUGAACUGGGUAUCAGAGUGGAAUACUAUUGACCAAAAUCCCUGAGCUUUCCCAGGAGCCUCGUGUUGCUUUUGGAAGGCCCUGGGAUCAGGUAGGCAGACAUAGCCUGAGUCUUUUGGGGGCAUCAAGAUCAGUCUCUCACACCUCCUCCAGGUACUCAACAGAGUUCUAUAGUUACAGAAUGCCAUGCCUUGAGAAGACAACUAGUUUCACAUUCUUCCCCCACCCUCCAGGCAAGUAAAGUCCUGACUUGCUCAAGACUGAUGAUAUUCUCUUCUGUUUUCAAAUCUGAACAUAGAGGGAUGGACCCUGUAUAGCACUGCCGGCCUUUGUAUCCUAGGAUUGGAGCCAGUUUUUAGCUUAGUGUUUUAGUAUUUCUACAGCCAAUGUGUGUUUUCUUCUGUCACACCAAACUGGGGUUUGUUUGUUUGUUUUUUCAACAUAAUUCCAGUUCAUGUCCUCUUGCUGAGUGCUUUUUGGAUAGAAAGGCAAAGAGAAAGAGAAUAAAUGAACAAUCAGGUAUUGGCCAACCGACAUUAGCAACACAGAGUCAUGCUAGUGACAGGGUGAUUUCACUGUUUGCCAGGACUCUGCAGUUAUGUGUGCCAUACCUGUAGCUCAAAGGGAAGUCCUUCUACCAUCAGAGUUUGUGUCUCUUGAAAACAGCAACCCCUGUCACACCAAAAGCUCUGUCUUGACUGUAUAGACUCUAAAAACAUCCAUGAUUGUGGAGUAGGGAGACAGAAAUAAUCGACUGAACAUAACAUGAUCAACUACUCAUGACGGUCUUUUGGCACCUUUCAUCCUCUGGCUUCUGUUUCCAAAAGAAGCAAGUCUGGACCCCCCCAGUUUUAUAGACCCAGGACUCCCAGGUACAACAGUGGCCAUCAUGGCACUCACAGUUCGCCCUAGCAUCGAAUGUUUUAUGAGCAACCGUGUUACCCAAGUAGGUAGCCAGCCCUGAAGAAACUAAACAGCCACUUAGCUACCUGACUUUAAAAGGAAUGUCCUGGGUAUACUGUCUAGGGAGUUAAUCUGUCAUGACUGGCAAACUUGACAGUAAUCAUUUACCUAGACAGCCCUGCCCCACAUCUAAGUCAACUGGGUGUCCUCUCACACACCCUGUGCCGGCGUUUAAAAAAUGUAUCUUAUCAUGCUCAGAUGUGUUUGGCAACCAGGCUGGUGUGCUGGGUGCUGAACCACUUUUCUUUAAAUGUAGCCUCCAAAUGACAACAGCCAUAGAAUAAUGGACCUUGCACAAACCUACAGCAUGCCUGAGACCAGACUCCACCAAGUCAUAAUUAGCUUGUUUCCUUUCACCGCCUACAGUACUUGUCUAACUAAAGGGCUUCCCAAAGCACAGGGAGAGGCCAUACAGAGAAUUCAGACGUCAUUCAGAGCCAACCCUGGCUAAAAUGUGAUCUCCUAAUGGAAGCACUUGUAUUCUUAGGAGAAAAAGGAUUGGGUAUAAAGUAAUGCUAAGAGCAGAAAGAGAAAGGCAAACCAUACUGAAGAACUUCGGAUUUUUUUAAAGAGAGAUAAAUAUAGUUCUUAAUAGGGGGGAAAAUCUAUCACAUAAAAAGUUCACAGCUAAUUUUUUUACAGAAGUUUUACAGGACGCUACAAGAUGAAAACAUUUUUCAAGGCAGAAUGCCUUAGAGAGCAAAGGCUUAGCACAGUCCUGGACCCGUGUAAGUAUAGGAAUUACUAUUACAUCAAAAUUCUAUUUAGUGUAGUCAGUGAGGACCAAGAAUAGUGAUAAAGUGUCAGAAUUACCUGGAGAGGCCAAGACAUUUGACAUCAAUCAUUUCUACGUCAACCAUUUCUACAAAAUUGUCCAAACAGACCCUACACGCCGCUUCCUUGGGUAUCCAGAUGCCAGGGUCAACCUUGAACCUGUGAAAAGAGGUUCAUCUGAUGAUUCUUAAGUGUAUACGUAUUAGUAUGUGUUUGUGUAUGUAUGUGUACAGCUCACAUUUACAUAUGUAAAGAUACAGACUGUCUUCUAGAAACCCACAUAAGCUGGCAGUUGCUGAGCCUUGACAGCCUUUAAGAUUUGAAGUUUGAGAAUCAGAGAAACAAGAGAGGCUGUUGAUUGACUAUCAGAAUGAUCAAAGAUGUAACUUAAGUGCCAUUUGAAAACUUUGUUCAUAUUUAUCAGAUGAUUACUAUCUAUAGCUAUAUUCCUUAUUAACUUAUUAAGAGUCAUGUUGAAAAAAAGAUCAAACUCAUAAACAAUUAGUGGUUCAUAGUAGGCUAGUGUUCACAAGCACUCUAAAAGACAUUUUGUCCAUGUUUUGGAGAAGAAAAUAUUUGCAUGUUUAAUUCACAACUUAGGCUACCUUUGAGUAUAUUAUAAAGUGCUGUGUGAUAUAAUAUCAAUAAAGUACUUAAAAAUGGCACUUUAAUGUUUUUUUUUGAAAAACAUAAAUGCACUGUUUUAAACUUCGAUUCAGUAUUGAAUAUCGACUGGUGUGUAGAAUCCUAUUUAGUAAUUAAA